GGGAGGGUCUAGCAUCAUCCACCAAUGCCUGCAUCAGAAAGUCCUUGGUGCUGUUCUAAUCCCCAUUUCCCCUUGAAUUCUUGCUUCCAUUCCAUUCAUUGGUUCAAGUUUCAUCAUUUUUUAUUUGAUUGGAGGUUAUAUAAUAUUGAUCAGUCCAUUUUUACUUCAAAUUAUAUAUUCUGGUGACUGAUUCAACCCAUGAAGAUGGACUAAUUUAAUCAACAACAUGUCAUAGGAUAGUGGAUAUACUUUUAGCAUUGUUUUGAUUCUUCAAAGACUCAAAUGAAACUUUAAGGCUUUAUAGUAUUUAUCUGAUGAUAGUUGAAAGGUUUCCUUGCUGAUUUAUAGCUUCUCCUGUUCGAUCAGAUUCCAAAGAACAAGCUCUUUUGCACUCUGUGUUGUUCAAACUAUACUGAUAUAAUAACUCUAUGGAAGAGGUGGCAAAGCUGUUAGCAGUUUUGGCACUCUUUGUCCUUUCUCUGCAUUUCAUAACCAAAUUUCUCAAACUCAGAAACCGUCCGAGCCUGCGUCAUCUUCCUCCGGGAGCCUCAGGAUGGCCUGUUGUUGGAGAAACCUUUGAGUUUCGGAAAAGGAGUCUCGAGGGCAGCCCAACAAGGUUCAUACAAGAGAGGAUGGACAAGUAUGACUCGAGGGUGUUCAAGACAUCAUUGUUUGGAAGUCUUCUUGCUGUGUUGUGUGGACCAGCUGGGCACAAGUUCUUGUUUAGCAAUGAGAACAAGAAUGUCCAAGUUUGGUGGCCCGGGUCAGUGAGGAAGCUGAUGAGCCAGUCUCUGGUUAGUAGGGUUGGUGAUGAAGCAAAGAUGACGCGGAAGUUGCUCUUGAGCUUUCUUAAUGCAGAAACACUCAGAAACUUUGUGCCUAAAAUGGACAGCAUUGCUCAGCGCCAUAUAAAGACACACUGGGAGGGGAAGGUGCAGGUGCUUGUCUAUCCCAUAAUACAGCUAUACACGUUUGAAUUGGCUUGUUGCUUAUUUUUAAGCAUUGAAGACAGCCAGGUACCAAAUCUUUCUUCACUGUUUGAUGUAUUUCUGAAAGGGAUCAUUGCAUUCCCCAUCAACUUGCCUGGAGCAAGGUUUCAUCGGGCAAUGAAAGCUGCGGAUGCAAUACGGAAAGAAAUUAAAAUGAUUCUUAAGAAAAGGAAAGUGAACUUGGAAGAAAAGAGGGCGUCGCCUACCCAAGACCUUUUAUCACAUUUGCUUGUUACGUCUGAUGCCAAUGGAAGGUUUUUGUCGGACAUGGAGAUUAUUGAUAACAUAUUACUACUGCUUUUUGCUGGUCAUGAUACUUCUAGAUCAGUGAUAUCAUCAGUCAUGAACUAUCUCGGACAGUUACCUCAAGUUUAUGAACUUGUGUUGAAAGAACAACUUGAAAUUAGCCAAGGGAAGGAGGAAGGUGAGUUGUUGCGAUGGGAGGAUGUUCAGAAAAUGAAGUAUACUUGGAAUGUUGUAUCUGAAGUUAUGAGGCUGUCGCCACCAGUCAGAGGCGCUUACAGAGAAGCGAUAAAGGAUUUCACCUAUGCUGAUUAUAACAUUCCUAAAGGCUGGAAGUUGCUUUGGAACACUGGUUCAUCACACAAAGAUCCAACACUUUUCUCGAAUCCUGAAAAUUUUGAUCCUUCGAGGUUUGAAGGAGAAGGGCCUGUACCCUUUUCAUACGUUCCAUUUGGAGGAGGACCUCGAAUGUGUUUGGGGCAAGAGUUUGCUCGGUUAGAGAUACUUGUGUUUAUGCAUAAUAUAGUCAAGCGUUUCAAGUGGAAUUUAGUGCUUCAUGAUGAGAAGUUCAAGUAUGAUCCCUUGCUAGAACCAGAAAAAGGACUCCCGAUUCAACUUCAACCUUCACCUCUCUUGCCAAAUACCUUCUCCAGACACAUAAUACAUUGAUUAUUAGCUUCAUUUGUAAGUUUUUACCUUAUAUUAAAAUGUUACAUUUGCCUAUCAAUAGUUUUCCCCUGAUCAUUCACCCUGUCUUCAAGUUGAUGGAUAGUAUGUGCUUCAUAUCUAUGCUUUCUUGAUACCAAAAUUUACAGAGAGCUUUGUGGUUGCAACUUGCAAGCAACCAAAGAGAUAAGUGCUUCGAGUCUUAUGUGUAAAAAAAGUCUCUACUGAGAGAGCUAACACACCAUAAUGUGAAUGUUUCCUACUCGAAAAUGAUUACCUUAUGUGGAGCAUGUGUUAGAGAAAAA